GUCUUUUUGAGUUAUCCAUCAAAACAAAACCCAACAAAGCUAAAACCCUAAACGUUCUCUGCUCUCCCAUUGAGAAAGAUUGCGGCCACUGAAAUCUCUAGCUUCCAGGUGAUUGCUGAUUUGAUAUUGUGAUGAUAUGACGACUUUUGCCAAACCAGAGAAUGCUUUAAAGCGAGCUGAAGAGCUGAUAAAUGUUGGGCAGAAACAAAAUGCCUUGCAAGCCCUUCAUGACCUUAUAACAUCAAGGAGGUAUCGAGCAUGGCAAAAGACACUUGAAAGGAUUAUGUUUAAAUAUGUAGAGCUCUGUGUUGACAUGCGGAGGGGUAGGUUUGCCAAGGAUGGUCUGAUUCAAUACCGCAUUGUGUGUCAGCAAGUCAAUGUUAAUUCUUUGGAGGAGGUGAUAAAACACUUCAUGCAUCUGUCCACUGAGAAAGCUGAGCAGGCUCGUAGUCAGGCUGAAGCCCUAGAAGAAGCUCUAGAUGUAGAUGACCUAGAAGCAGAUAAAAGGCCAGAAGAUUUGAUGCUAAGUUAUGUCAGUGGAGAGAAGGGAAAGGAUAGGUCUGAUCGCGAACUUGUUACCCCUUGGUUCAAGUUUUUGUGGGAGACCUAUAGAACAGUGCUUGAAAUCUUACGUAACAACUCAAAGUUGGAAGCACUUUACGCGAUGACAGCACACCGGGCUUUCCAGUUUUGCAAGCAAUACAAACGGACAACAGAGUUUCGUAGGUUGUGUGAAAUUAUCAGGAAUCAUCUAUCUAAUCUUAACAAAUACAGAGACCAAAGGGACCGACCUGACCUGUCUGCACCUGAGAGCUUGCAGCUGUAUCUUGAUACAAGAUUUGAACAGCUAAAGAUUGCUACUGAACUUGAACUGUGGCAGGAAGCUUUUCGUUCUGUGGAAGAUAUUCAUGGAUUGAUGUGCAUGGUUAAGAAAACCCCCAAGUCAUCUUUGAUGGUGGUUUAUUAUGCCAAGCUAACAGAAAUUUUCUGGAUCUCAUCUAGCCAUCUAUAUCAUGCUUAUGCGUGGUUGAAGCUUUUUACCCUUCAGAAAAGCUUCAAUAAGAAUUUAAGUCAGAAGGAUUUGCAAUUGAUAGCAUCAUCUGUUGUAUUGGCUGCACUCUCAGUGCCGCCCUAUACUCACAGACGCGGUUCAUCCCAUUUGGAACUUCAAAAUGAGAAGGAACGCAACUUGAGGAUGGCUAAUCUUAUAGGAUUCAAUCUUGAUCCUAAAGUUGAUGGUGGAGAAGUGCUAUCACGGUCAAACAUUCUCUCAGAACUGGUGUUGAAAGGUGUAUUGAGCUGUGCUACUCAGGAAGUAAAAGAUCUUUAUCAUCUACUGGAGCAUGAGUUUCUCCCUUUGGAUCUUGCAUCAAAGAUACAGCCCUUGUUGGUUAAAAUUUCAAAGCUUGGGGGUAAGCUUUCUUCAGCUUCCUCUGUUCAUGAAGUUCAACUGUCUCAAUAUGUUCCUGCCCUGGAAAAGCUUGCUACCUUGAGGUUGCUUCAGCAGGUGUCUCGGGUGUAUCAAACACUGAAAAUUGAGAGUUUAUCUCAGAUGAUCCCCUUUUUUGAUUUUCCCGUUGUUGAGAAGAUCUCUGUAGAUGCUGUUAAACAUAAUUUCAUAGCUAUGAAAGUUGACCAUAUUAAGGGUGUUGUAUUGUUUGGUAAUUUGGGCCUUGAAUCUGAUGGCUUCCAGGAUCACUUGACAGUCUUUGCUGGUUCAUUAGAUAAAGCAAGGACCAUGAUUUAUCCACCUGUAAAGAAGGCAUCAAAGCUAGGAGAAAUGUUGCCUGGUUUGGCGGAUCUUGUGGAUAAGGAACACAAGAGACUUCUUGCUCGAAAAUCAAUCAUUGAGAAAAGGAAGGAAGAGCAAGAACUUCUACUUUUGGAAAUGGAACGAAAUGCAGAGUUGAAAAGGAGAAAGCAACAGCAGAUUGCUGAAGAGGAAGAGAAGAAGAGGCUUGCAUCUGAGGUUGAAAAGAGGAAGAAUCAAAUGAUCCUUGAGGAAAUUAGAGACAAGGAGCUUGAGCAAGCAAAAGCUCUACUUGAGGAUGUUGGAAAGCAGCGCAAGAAGAAGAUAAAGAAGUCGUUUUUAGACGGAGAAAAUGUUACAAAGCAAGCUAUAAUGGAGAUGGCCCUGAGUGAACAGCUGAGGGAGAGACAGGAAACAGAGAAGAAAUUACUAAAACUAGCUAAAACCAUGGAUCAUUUAGAAAGAGCAAAAAGAGAAGAGGCAGCUCCCUUGAUUGAAGCUGCAUUUCAGCAGCGUUUGGUGGAAGAGAAGGUGCUUCAUGAACGUGAGCAGCAGCUAGAGGUUGAACUUAGCAGGCAGCACCAUGAUGGGGACCUCAAGGAGAAGAAUAGGUUGGCAAGGAUGUUGGAGAAUAAGACAAUAUUCCAGGAAAAGGUGGUGCAACGUCGGCAAUCAGAGUUUGACCGACUUAGGGAGGACAGAGACAGGCAAAUCCAGCAAAUGCUUCAGGCCCGUCGGCAGGAGAGGGAUGCUAUUAGAAAGAAAAUAUUUUAUGUGCGGACUGAGGAGGAAAAACAGAGAAAGCUGCAGGAAGAGGAGGAAGCUCGCAAGCGGGAAGAGGCUGAGAGGCAAAGGAAGAUAGAAGAGGAACGCAGGGCAAAAUUGGACGAGAUUGCUGAGAAGCAAAGGCAAAGAGAGCGGGAAUUAGAGGAAAAAGAAAGGCAGAGGAGAGAAGCUCUCUUGGGUAGAUCAACUGACGGGCCUUCUAGGCCUUCUGAGCCUGUUGGCUCCCACCCAUCUGAGCCAGUAGCUACAGCUCCCGCUGCUGCUGCUGCUGCAGCUGCAACUGGUGCUGGUGCUCCACCAUCUGCUGGAAAAUAUGUGCCUAGGUUCCGGAGACCUGAAGUCUCUGCGCAGGCUCCUCCUCCAGAACCAGAUCGAUGGGGCAGCAGCCGGCCGGACGAUCGCACGUCCCAACCUGGUGAUAGGUGGCGGAGUGAUGACCGCAGGCCCUCUUUUGGUGCUGGUGGUGGCUCAAAGUCCACUUGGUCCUCAUCUAGAGUCCCUCCACGUGGCGGUGGAUCAGCACGCUGAUCAUAGAGGAUCUUAUUUGAUUUGCAUGAACAAAGGUCAAUUUUGAUUCCAUCAACACAUGGACGGUUUAUUGCAAGCCAGAGAAAAUAAUCCUUGUGCUCUAUUUUUAGCACCUCCAGACCUGGUUGAGUUGUUUCAUCUCUUUGUUUUUUCAAUGUAGUUAUCUUUCCCUCGCUGUUUUCAUGUCAAGGCAACCUACUGAAAUAUUUAUUGUAAUCUUGAAGCUUCAGACUUGAUAGAGUUAUCUAUUUUAAUUAUUAUUUUCAUCCUUAUUUCC